AUGUCCGAGGGGAGGAAUAAUCCGCCCACGACGAGCGGUUCGUCUUCCAAGAUGUCCGAAGGAGAAGCAGACCUGUACUUGGACCAAUACAAUUUCACCACAACGGCGGCGAUUGUGGGUUCCGUCGACCGCAAAAUCUUUGUGCUGCUUAGGGAUGGACGCAUGCUCUUCGGCGUGCUCAGAACUUUCGACCAAUAUGCCAAUUUAAUACUCCAGCAUUGCGUGGAAAGGAUAUAUGUGGCCAAACAGAACCAAUACGCAGAAUGCGACCGCGGCGUCUUCAUGGUGCGUGGAGAAAACGUGGUAAUGCUUGGGGAGGUGGACAUAGAUCGUGAGGACCAGCCGUUGAGUCAAAUGCAACAAAUCCCGUUCGGCCAGGCGUUGGCGGUGAAGAAAGCCCAGGACGAGGCCAGGUUCGCCUCUGAGAGCAAAAAGGGCAAGCUCAUGGCCCAGCAUGGUCUUAUCUACGAAUUCCACAAAUCUGAUAUAUAUUGA